AUGGGCCUAAGGAGGAAGAACCGCCGCAAGAAGCCCCCCAAUCGGCCGACUAAACCUACAUCUGAUCCAUCGCCGUCUGGUGCUGACGCCGCCGUGAAAACUGAAUCUGAUCGAUUUCCCUCUGGUCCUACCGCAGCUCGAGUUUCAAAUACUAUCCUCACUAAGGAAGCUGACCACCCAAACAACCAGAGCACCCCGAGGAGGUAUUUCUCUGGUCCCUUUGAACUCACUCUUGCUAUUCGAAUUCCCAGACAAUCAGGGCCGAGAAGCAUGAAACCAACCGCUGCUCCUAAGGAUCUGCCUCAGAGAGAGCCAAUACGCAGAGAGUAUCCAAAGGGAUUUACAGCCCUUGCUUUUGUUUGCAAGACUGGUGUUCUGGUAGCUACUGAUCAUUCAUAUCAUAGAAUGGAUGCAGAAACAUUUGUUGAGAAUGUUAUUGAUUUUACUCCGCACGUGCUUGUCACUGUUUCUGGAACUCUGCAUGCUAAAACUUUUCUCAGAAGGAUGAAGGAUGAUUACCGCCUGCUACAAGGUUCAAAGGGGAUAAAAUCUGUUAGAGAGGUGGCAAAGUGGGUGGCCUGGUUUUCAUCUCAACGUAAUUUGAAGUAUUUCUCUGCAGAAUUUCUAGUUGCAGGAUGGGACUAUGAAACCAAUCGUCCUAGAGUGUUCUUUGUAAAUAAAGAGGCUAGAUGGGCUGAGAGAAUAAUGGGUUGCACUGGAUGUGGUUCCGAAUUGAUUGGAGUUAGUUGCCGUCUCGACCAGUUGAGUUAUGACAAAGCUUCGAAGGAGUCUGAGAUGAUGUUAUACAUGGCUGUACAUCAACUUGCAGAUUACAGGAGUUAUGGUGACUUUACCAUUGAAUGUGGUGGUUACCUAAGUGGGUACUGUGUAGGAACAAAUGGGCUGGAGAGGGUGUUUCACAAUGUACCUCUUAUUGAGCAAGUUGAAAAAGGAGAAGCUCUAAAGAAACUUUGGGAACUGGAUGAUGCAAUACGUUCUUAA